ACUGGCCCACACAGCCGUGCGGUUUCGCUUGUCGUUGAAUGCUUGUUUGCUCAAGUGGCAAGCGUCGUCACACAGCAGUCAGCAGCAACCGCUAGGUGCUAGGUGGGAAUGAGGCGCGCCGCGGGAGCGGUUGCCACGGCGAGCUUGCCGCCCGGGCAGCCGCGGGCGCCCCAGCGCCGGCGAACGACCAGCAGCGGCUCUGGCAGCGAUGUGGGCAUCAUCGACGAAGCUAUGGAGGACGCGGACCAGCAGGACUCGGACGCUGACCCCGAGUCGGAGCCGCUGAGCGACGACGAUGACGACUUUGAGGACCUGCCUCCGCGUAAGCGCAAACCUGAGCCCGUGGCGAAGAAGCCAGCAGCAGCUGCUGUUGGACGCCCCGCGGCAGCGACCACCGCAGCUGCAGCCAAGCCAAAGCCGGUUGCGGCGAAGGCCCCUGCCGCUUCAGUCGCGGUGGCCGCAGCUGCACCCGCGGCAAAAGGCGCGGCGGUGGGGCGCGUGGGCCUGGGCGCGGCGCCAACUGUGGGCGGGGGCACGGGGCGAGGCCGGGGUCUGCCGCCCGCCGCACGGCCGCCGGUAGCCCCAGCGGCGGCGGCGGCGGCGCCAUGGCGACCCACGGCAGCAGCGGCGGCGGCAACGGCGACGGCGGCAGCGGCAACGGCGACGGCGGCAGCGGCGCCCGCGGCCUCGCAAGCGGCGUCCGAUAAUGAGGCGUCGUCUGCUGAUGAGGCCUCGCCCGAGGCCUCGCCGAGCAUGUCUACCUCAGCAUCACCUCCAUCGUCUCCUGAGAAAGGGGCAGCAGGGAGCAGCAGAGCCGCCACUGCAACUGCAUCUGGGUCGGGGGCGGGGAGAGGCCCUCCUGCUGGUGGCCGCGGAUUGGGGCUGCAGCGGUCCGGCGGUGUUCGCGUCCUCAGCAGAGGUAGGGGUGCGGCGUCUGGUGGCAACUCGGUCGGCGGCACACGCAGCGGCGCUGCGCUGAGCCGGCAAAGCAUGACCGCUGCGGCCGACUGCGUCCGUGCGCUUGCCUCUGGCGGCGGCAACCGCCAGAGCGUCGGCAGUGUCAGCAGUAGCGGUGGUGGCACUGGAGGUGGAGGUGGGGCAGGCGGCGGCAGCAGCACGGUGACGGGCGUGAAGCGGCCGGCAGGGAGCCUAGGUCUGGCGCGGAGGUCACUGCCUGCGCCGGGGGCUGCCGGCUGCACCGCCAUCAUGAAGCCGUACAAGUGCCCACUGCCCAACUACGCCGGGCCGCUGGGCCAGCGCGGCACACUGGGCAUCCGGCGCGGGCCGCAGGUGCCGCUCAAGGCCUUCCGCAACGGCCUCAACACACUGGUGGCGGGAGUCAAGCCCGAGGACGACGGCAAGGCCAACCCGGACGACGCGCCUGUGGUGCCGCUGUGCAUCUGGGACCCUGCGGAGCAGGACCCGGAGGGACCCCUCAUGAAGGCGCUACUGGCCAAGCAGGCCAAACUCAGCGGCGGUGGCAGCAGCAGUGCUGCUACUGCUGCUACAGCCGCCACAGGCGGUGACGGCGGUGAGGCUGCCACCGGCGAUGCCGCCGCAGCUGCAGUGCCGGCUGUGGAGGCGGCAGCCGUGGCGAGUGCAGCAGCAGGUCCCAAGCAUGGCGGGCUGACAGCGCUGUGGGCGGCGCCGUUCCUGGCGCGCAAGCUGCGGCCGCACCAGCGCGAGGGAGUCAAGUUCAUGGUGCAGUGCAUUGCGGGCCUGCGCCAGCCGGAGUACUCGGGCUGUGUGCUGUGCGACGGCAUGGGCCUGGGCAAGACCUUUCAGGCCAUCGCGGCGCUGUGGACGCUGCUGAGCGACGGUGUGCACGGGCGGCGGCCCACAUGUGUGCGGCCGCUGGUGCUGUGCCCGGCCUCGCUGGUCGCCAACUGGGGCAAGGAGCUGGAGUUCUGGCUGGAGGGCCGGGUGGCGCCAGUCGUGGUGGACGACACGCGCGGGGACAAGGUGAAGGAGUCACUUGGUACCUUCGGCGGGUUUGCGGGAGCACGUGCCGGCAAGCCGCAGGUGCUGGUGAUGGGCUACCAGACGUUCCGCAGCCACCGCGACGCCGUGGUCAAGAAGAACAUCGACAUCGUGCUGUGCGAUGAAGCCCACUUCCUGAAGAACGUGGACAGCCAGCUGACCAAGGCGGUGGCGGGGCUGCCGGCGCGCAUGCGGCUGCUGCUGACCGGCACGCCCAUCCAGAACAAGCUGCAGGAGUUCUACACGGUCAUGUCCACCGCGGUACCGGGGCUGCUGGGCGAGCUGCCGGCCUUCAGACGCACCUACGAGCUGCCCAUACAGCGCGGCAGCGACGCUGACGCCAGCGACGCCGAGGCGGCCCUGGGCAUGGAGCGCAUGGACGCCAUGCUGGCCCUGUGCGGCACCUACAUGCUGCGCCGCUCCUGCAACACCAUGAAGAAGUACCUGCCGCCCAAGGUGGAGCAGGUGGUGUUUUGCAAGAUGAGCACGCUGCAGGCCCGGCUGUACAACUUCUUCCUCAACUCGCCCGCCGUGGUGCGCGCGCUCCACGGCCGCGCAGCGGCUCGAGAGAAGGCCAGUGCCAUCGCAGCUCGCAAAGCUGCCAAGGCGCAGGGCGGAGGCGGAGGCGGCAAGCGCGCCGCUGCUGGCAGCGUCACGGCCGAGCCGGUGGAUGGCGCGGAGGCGGAGGUGGCGGGUGCCGCAGGCGAUGGCGACGGCAAGGACGCGCCGGCGGCUGGAGGAGCGUGUGGGACGACAGGGCCGGCUGCUGCGGCUGCAGCACGCGGUGGAGACCUCUCCACGCUAGCUGCCAUCACUGCCCUCAAGAAGAUGUGCUGCCACCCCGACCUGAUCUACCAAAUGUUCAACCCGGCCUCCAUGAGGCGGGCGGCGCCUCCCCCAGCGGCAGCACCCGUAGAAGCGCGCGCCGCGCCGCGCCGCGCCGCCGCCACAGCGGCCGCCGCCGCCUGGGGCGCCAGCGCUGACAAUGACGCCGACGCCGAUGAUGACGGUGGACCUGGCGGCGCAAAGAAGAAGAAAGUUGCGGCUGGCGGCCGCGGCGGCGGAGCCGGCGGAGCUGGCGGAGCCGACGGGUGUAAGAGCGGCGCGGACGGGCGGCCUGUGGUGACUGGGUUUGAGGGCUGCUUGCCGCUGUUCGGCGAGGCGAGUGUGGCGCCGGUCUACAAGCCGGGCAGCUGCCAGGCCUACCACAGCGGCAAGGUGGCGGUGCUGGAGAUGAUGCUCAAGGCGGUGCGCGACAGCGGCAGCGGGGACAAGGUGGUGCUGGUGUCCAACUACACCGAGGCGUUGGACAUCCUCGAGGGGAUGUGCCGCGCGCACGCCUGGGCCUUCCUGCGGCUGGACGGCGGCUGCGACGUGAAGAAGCGGCAGCCACUGGUCGACUGCUUCAACGACCCCGCGCACCCCUCCUUCCUGCUGCUGCUCAGCUCCAAGGCCGGCGGCGUGGGGCUCAACAUCAUCGGCGCCAACCGCCUGGUGCUGUUCGACCCGGACUGGAACCCCGCCAACGAUCUGCAGGCCAUGGCGCGUGUGUGGCGGCAGGGCCAGAAGAAGAAGGUGUGGAUCUACCGCCUGCUCACCACCGGGUCCAUCGAGGAAAAAGUGUACCAGCGGCAAGUGGCCAAGCAGGGCCUGUCGGCCGCCAUUGUGGACAACAGCAACGACCAGUCGCGAACCUUCUCAGCUGAGGAGCUGCGCGCGCUGUUCGAGGUCAACACGACCACGAGGUGCGACACGCACGGCGCCAUCAAGUGCAGCUGUGACGGCAGUGUGGCCACCGCAAAGGCCAAGACCGAGCAGCUCAGGCGCGCAGCGGAGGCGGCGGCGCAGGCCGCCGCAGAGGCGGAAGCUGAGGCCGAGGCGGAGGCGGAGGAUGAGCAAGGAGAGGACGGCGGCGAGCGUGGCCGCAAGGCGAAGUCGGCGGGUGGCGCCAAGAAGGCCAAGCAGGACCAUGACGGCGACACGGCGGAGGAGGGUGUUGUCAAGUGGGCGCACCUGAGCAGCGUGGCCGACUCACCCGACCCCAUCUGGGCGUCCGUGAACGCCUGGCUGCGGGACCGCUUCACCACCUACCUCUUCAGCGACCACAUCAUUGCCGAGGCCACGGCCAGGAAUGGGCAGCAGGCCGUCGAGGAUGUGGAGCUAGAAGAGGAGCAGGAGGCAGAGGAAGAGGAGGAGCGGCAGGAGGAGUUGGAGUGUGGGAAUGAAGAGUGAAGGGUGAGUUUCGUCAUUGCAUGGGCAGUAGCAGACAAGCAGGCCGGCGGCCGGCGACCUUGCUUUGCAAGUGAGGCUUUUAAAGCAGUUUGGCAGAAGUGACAUGCAUUGUUGGUUUCCCAUGAGAUGACGCAUGCAGCGGGCGUAUGAUGUGUGCAAAGGUGCGGCAGGGAUGCACAUAGCUGGCUGAGCUGGACGGGGGGGAUGUGCGGCUUGGGAGAUGAUUUGGCUGCUGAUCAGCAAGUGUCGCAGUGCACGGCCGGAAAAGCAGGCACGUGAUGACCGACAUGAGAAUGCGGCGGACGGUCAACCAGGUCGCGUCGUCUUCCUUGCUUGGAAACCCGGAGUAAAGCGGGCUCGUGCGUCCUUACUUGCAUUAAUGAUCCUGGAUUCCUGGUAGUUUGAGGCAUUUGGAGCCGGUCGGAGCGGCCUUGGGCCGGGGCUCAAGGUCCCAUGUUGAAGCAAGCGGUGCACAUCUCUUGCAAGGGGCAUGCGCGGUGGGGGAUGGCUGGGGCGGCGCGCUGAUACUUGCUGAGAGGGGGCUCGGAGCAGGGACCUCGGCCCGUGGGGCGCUACUGGGAGGAAUGGCUGCAGUGAAACUGUGAAUAUUUUAUAGCAGGAGUAACUAAGAAUUGUUAGGGGCAGGAGCAGGGCUGCUGGACAGUGUGAAGGAUUGGGGCGGUCGCGACUUCGAGGAGGGCCUGCCCACGGCCCUCAGUCCAACCGAGUAUAUUUAUUCAUA